GUUGGUGUUACGUUCGGUGCUUAUCGUUUUCCAGUUUGGUCCUUCGGCACCGAGGAUCGUCCAUGUGAACGCCCUGUUGCUCCACGUAAUGAAGAAUACAACCAAGUUGUUUUUCGUGGUCGCGACCUGGAAGAUGUUCGACUUGUUCAGUCUUCUGUUUUUUUGAACGAAGAUUCCGCCAUCGUUAGUGCUGCUCCUGGGGUAAGUAGUGUUUCAACAACUCAUUGCGUGUGCAGUCAAGUAUUCCUCAGACGACCCCAGCACAACAAAACGAAACAAAACGGGAAGGUAGGCAUGUUACGCCAUGCAAUGGCGCCCUCCUACAACCGUAACCACGAUCGUUUAUCGCUGUUAACCUCCACUUCGGACGCAUCGGCGAAUACCUCGCAACCUGUUUCAUUGGAUGGGCUCAAUCAACAGGUUAACCGACCGAAUCCGUUGUCCUUUCACCCACCUACCGUUGGAACAAGACCCGGGCCCAUAGGAACCCUCCAGCCGGAUUCAACGCAGACGGCGGAUAUCCGCGGUCCCAGACCUUUUGGAGAUGGUCGUAGUGACGGUGACGCCGGGGCGUUGAACUCGCGAAAGCUCGAUUUCCUUAAUAGACUUACGUCUGGCAACACUUCAGACGAUCCAAGUCGUCAACGUACUGUUCUCGGGUCGCUUCUCCACUUCGAUGCGUCACAGAAUUGGGGCCAUCGGGACGCGAGUUCACGUGGAAGUGCUAAUGUUGCCGGCAGCAUGUUUCGUGGUGGCGCGACGCAUUUUCCUCAAAUUUCUGGCCCAAAACAAGAGAGCUACCGGCCUCGUCGUGGUGGAUUCAGUAACCAGUGGGGUGCUAAUCAGCGCGGCAUUAGGUAUCCUCAAAGUGGGUACCAUCGACGAGGUCCUCGUCAAGGAGGAAACUAUGGUUGGUCUCGCAUGCAUACUGGUGUGCCUACAACUUCCAACGAACCCACCACAUUUUCCAGCGAAUACGAUUACGAAAAAGCAAACGCAGAAUUAGCAGCAGAACUGGAGAAGAUAAGCAUUUCUGUGGUAAUGAUCUGUAUUUCUUGA